UAGGUCACUCUAAUGCAGGCAGUGUAAAUGUUUGCAUUGAUAAUUUACACCGGAUAUAAUGGAAAAUCCAUAAUUUCUUGCCAUCACCUUUAUUUUUAUUGACAAAAAAAAAGUUCAACAUUAAGGAAAUUUUGUCUUUAAACAUGUCAAGGUUCAGUGGGGCCUUGCAGCUCACUGAUAUAGACGAUUUUAUCACGCCUGCUCAGGAAUGCAUAAAGCCCAUACCCAUUAAUAAGAAAAAUUCAAAAUCUGGAGCAAAAAUAAGUGUGCAAGAAGAUGGUUAUUAUGAGGAAUCUGGGACCGGGAAGCAGAAACUUCAGAAGCUGGAAAUUACUCUUCAAGACUGUUUAGCCUGUUCCGGCUGCAUAACAUCCGCGGAGGGAGUAUUAAUAACGCAGCAGAGCCAAGAGGAGCUUCUCAAGGUGCUGCAUGAAAACAAAAAAUUAAAAGCAGAGGAAGACAAUAACCUGUCGCGUACAGUUGUGUUCUCCGUAGCCACGCAGCCACUAAUAAGCUUAGCUUAUCGUUAUAAAAUAAGUGUGGAAGAAACAGCACGCCACCUAGCCGGAUACUUUCGCAGUUUGGGGGCAGAUUACGUACUUAGCACUAAAGUUGCUGAUGAUUUAGCACUGCUCGAAUGCAGAAAUGAAUUUUUGGAGAAGUACAGAGAGAAUAACGAUUUGACUAUGUUUAGUUCUUCUUGUCCGGGCUGGGUUUGCUAUGCAGAAAAGACGCACGGAAAUUUUAUUCUGCCGCACAUAGCAACUACAAGGUCUCCUCAGCAAAUAAUGGGCGUAUUAGUAAAACAAUAUUUGGGAAAAAAGCUAAAUUUGCCGGCGUCGCGAAUUUACCAUGUGACGGUAAUGCCUUGCUACGACAAGAAGCUGGAAGCUUCCCGUGAAGACUUUUUCAGCGAGGUAAAUGCUUCGCGUGACGUGGACUGCGUGAUAACUUCAGUUGAAGUGGAGCAAAUGUUGCUCGAAGUUGACCAAACUUUACCGGCCCAAGAACCAGCCGAUUUAGACUGGCCAUGGUGGGAUGAAAGGCCCGAAUUAAUGGUCUAUUCACAUGAAUCUACAUACUCUGGUGGUUAUGCAGAGCACGUUUUUAGGUUUGCCGCACGAGAGCUGUUUAACGAUGCCCGGCCAAUUCAGCUACAAAUAGACCAACCUAGGAAUCGUGAUUUAAAAGAAUUUUUUCUCGAAAAGGAUGGAAUAGUGCUUCUUCGUUUUGCCAUUGCCAAUGGAUUUAAAAAUAUUCAGAACCUAGUGCAAAAACUGAAGCGUGGUAAGGGCUCCAAGUUUCACUUUGUCGAGAUUAUGGCCUGUCCCUCAGGUUGCAUAAAUGGUGGUGCUCAGGUUCGUCCUAUUAGUGGCCAGCAUGUACGAGAGCUUACCCAAAAAUUGGAAGAGUUAUAUACAAAGCUUCCUCGCUCUCAGCCUGAUAACAUAGGAACAAAAAAAUUGUACGACGACUUUUUCGAUGGAUUUGGCACCGAUAAAUCUCACAAUCUUCUGCACACUAGCUAUCACUCUGUAGAUAAGCUUAUCCCGGCCCUUAAUAUUAAGUGGUAACGUUUUAAAUAUGAUUUACUUUCAAAAUAUUGUUAUGCGGAUUUUAAAUACUUUAACGAUUAUGUUACCCUCUA